AUGAUUACUCAACCCUCCAAGGCCAAUGUCUUGCUUGUCGGCAGCGGUGGUGUGGGCACCAUGGGAGCCUAUGCCUUGGAGACGGGAGGCAAGGCAGAGGUCACUGCUGUGUUGAGGUCGAACUACGCGGUCGUGAGCAAGGAAGGCUUCUCCAUCGACUCGAUUGAGCACGGCAAUGGCAUCGUGGGCUGGAAGCCAACCAAAUUGGUCAACAAAGUGCCCAACGUGGCCGAGGAGGGAUUGAAGCCGUUCGACUUCAUCGUGGUCACGACAAAGAACAUCGCCGAUAUCAAGCCGACCGUGGAUGAGGUGAUUGAGACCGCCGUGACGCCCGGCCACAGCGUGAUCGUCCUCGUCCAAAACGGUCUGAACAUCGAGAAGCCACUCGUGGCAAAGUACCCCGGCAACCCGUUGCUCUCGGGUGUUUCGUUGAUCGGAGCAACCGAAACAUCAUGGGGCAAGAUCCGCCACGACGACUCGGACUUUCUCAAGGUCGGACCCUACAAGUCGCCCGGCGUGAGCGACGAGGACGGCGUGGCCGCCGCCAAGAAGUUCGUCGACAUCUACAACGCGUGCGGCAAGGUCGAGGCCGUUUACGACGAUGACGUGCCCUUCACGCGAUGGAGGAAGCUGAUCUACAACUCCUCGUACAACUCGGUCGCGACCAUUCUGCGAAUGGACACGACGAGGAUGAGAAUCUCCGAACACGUCAUCGACAACUUGAUCCGGCCUGCCAUGCUUGAGAUCAAGACAACCGCCAAAGCGGCUGGCGUCGAGCUGCCGGACGACAUUGCCGAGUUUAUGAUCAGAGCCGAUCCCAAAGACAUCUAUUUCAAACCCAGCAUGUGUCAAGACAUCGAAAAGGGCAAUUAUAUCGAAUAUGAGAACAUCGUUGGAGAACCACUGCGUGAGGCCGAGAGACUUGGUGUCUCAACUCCGGUGUUGAAGAUCAUUUAUGGCUUUCUCAAAGGUUUGCAAUGGAAGACAAUGGAGGCUAAAGGCCUGAUCGUGCCGAAAUGGACCGAGGACAGUGUUUACGGCUAG